AUGAUUUAUUUCUGUACGUUACUGGCUCUACUUUGCCUUAAUUAUGAAGUGAUAUUAGCCGACAGUGAAACGCUCAAGGCGCUAUGGAAUCUUGAAGAAAUGGCCAUUUGUCGUUUGCACUACAAUGCUCUUGUAUAUAACAACUAUGGUUGUUGGUGCGGCGUUGGAGGUAGUGGAGAACCAGUUGAUGGCAUAGACAGAUGCUGUAUGCACCACGAUGAAUGUUAUGAUAUGGCAGUUAAUAAGAAAUUAUGCCGCAACGUUCCAUUUGAAUAUAUACGCGAUUAUUCGUGGCAAUGCGUUAAUGGCGAACCCGUUUGUAAAGAGAAUAUGAAUGAAUGUCAAGCAGCUUUAUGUAAAUGCGACAAGACUGUGGUUGACUGUUGGGGUCAGUUUCCUAAACCAGCAAUAAAGUCUUCGUGUGAAAAGCGGCGAAAAAAUAAGACGUUUAAGGGAAUAAAAAGUGUAUCAACUUUAUAA